AUGGUCUUGCGGGGGCCGUGGGCAAGCUGCGGGGGCCCCGGCGAGGCGCUUGCCCUCCUGCGCGCCCUCCGCACUAGGAUGUUGCGGCAGGUCUUACACAGGGGGCUGGGGACGUCCUUCUCCCGGCUCGGCCACUUCGUCGCCAGCCACCCGGUGUUCUUCGCCUCGGCGCCCGUGCUCAUCUCCAUCCUGCUGGGCGCCAGCUUCAGCCGCUAUCAGGUGGAGGAGAGCGUGGAGCACCUCCUGGCCCCCACGCACAGCCUGGCUAAGAUCGAGAGGAACCUGGUGGACAGCCUCUUCCCGGUGAACCGCUCCAAGCACCGGCUCUACUCCGACCUGCAGACGCCGGGGAGGUACGGCAGGGUGAUCAUCACCUCUUUCCGUAAGGCCAACAUGCUGGACCAGCACCACACCGAUCUCAUUCUCAAGCUGCACUCUGCUGUGACCAGGAUCCAAGUUCAAAGACCUGGUUUCAAUUACACGUUUGCCCAUAUAUGUAUCCUGAACAAUGACAAGACAUGCAUAGUGGACGACAUAGUGCAUGUACUGGAGGAAUUAAAGGCUGCUCGUUCUUCUAAUCGAACUAAUUUUGCAAUCACUUACCCGAUUACUCACUUAAAGGAUGGCAGGGAAGUGUAUAAUGGGCAUCAGCUUGGUGGGGUUACUGUGCACAGCAAAGACCGGGUGAAGUCUGCAGAAGCCAUUCAGCUCACCUACUACUUGCAGGCAAUCAACUCCUUGAAUGACAUGGUGGCAGAGAAGUGGGAAUCCAUUUUUUGUGACACUGUUGAACUUUUCCAGAAAUCCAACAGGAAGGUGAAAAUGUAUCCUUUCACUUCUUCUUCGCUGAAGGAGGAUUUCCAGAAGACGAGCAGGGUGUCAGAACGCUACCUGAUCACAAGCUUGGCCCUUGUGGUCACCUUGGCCAUUCUCUGCUGCUCCAUGCAGGAUUGUGUCCGCAGCAAACCCUGGCUUGGCCUGCUGGGAUUGCUGACUGUGACCCUUGCCACCCUGACUGCUGCUGGGAUCAUCAAUCUCACUGGUGGGAAAUACAAUUCCACCUUCCUGGGAAUCCCCUUCGUCAUGUUAGGUCAUGGGUUAUAUGGGACUUUUGAAAUGUUGUCCUCCUGGAGAAAAACUAGAGAAGACCAACACGUAAAAGAGAGGACUGCAGCUGUAUUUGCAGACUCCAUGCUCUCGUUUUCUCUCACCACUGCCAUGUACCUGGUCACUUUUGGGAUAGGUGCCAGUCCCUUCACUAACAUUGAAGCAGCCAGGAUUUUCUGCUGCAAUUCCUGUAUUGCAAUUUUCUUCAACUACCUCUAUGUACUCUCCUUUUAUGGUUCCAGCCUCGUGUUUACUGGCUACAUAGAAAACAACUACCAGCAUAGUAUCUUCUGCAGAAAGGUACCAAAGCCAGAGGUGUUGCAAGAGAAGCCUGCAUGGUAUAGGUUUCUUCUGACAGCCAGAUUCAGCGAGGACACGGCAGAUUCAGAGGAAACAAACACUUACGAGAGUCAUCUUUUGGUGUGGUUCCUGAAACGCUAUUAUUGUGACUGGAUAACAAACACUUACGUCAAGCCUUUUGUAGUUCUCUUUUACCUUGUUUAUAUUUCCUUUGCCUUAAUGGGCUACCUGCAGGUCAGUGAAGGGUCAGACCUGAGCAACAUCGUAGCGACCGCGACGCGGACCAUUGAGUAUACGACUGCCCAGCAGAAGUAUUUCAGUAACUACAGCCCCGUGAUUGGGUUUUACAUCUACGAGUCCAUUGAGUACUGGAACACCAGUGUCCAGGAGGAUGUGCUGGAGUAUACCAAGGGCUUUGUGAGGAUAUCUUGGUUUGAAAGCUACUUAAAUUACCUUAGGAAACUCAACAUAUCUACAGGAUUGCCCAAGAAGAACUUCACUGAUAUGUUGAGGAACUCCUUCCUGAAGGCCCCUCAGUUUGCCCAUUUUUCAGAGGAUAUCAUCUUUUCAAAGAAAUACAACAACGAAGUUGAUGUCGUGGCCUCCAGGAUGUUCUUGGUGGCUAAGACAAUGGAAACCAAGAGGGAAGAACUUUAUGACCUCCUGGAGACCCUGAGGAAGCUCUCUCUCACCUCCAAGGUGAAAUUCAUUGUUUUCAAUCCAUCAUUUGUGUACAUGGAUCGCUAUGCCUCUUCAGUGGGAGCCCCCUUACAAAACUCCUGCAUUAGUGCUUUAUUUCUGCUCUUCUUCUCUGCAUUCCUGGUGGCAGAUUCUCUGAUCAAUGUCUGGCUCACUCUAACUGUUGCCUCGGUUGAGUUUGGAGUUAUAGGUUUUAUGACCUUGUGGAAAGUGGAACUAGAUUGUAUUUCUGUGUUGUGCUUAAUUUACGGAAUUAAUUAUACAAUUGACAACUGUGCUCCACUGUUAUCAACCUUUGUCCUGGGCAAAGAGCUCACAAGAACUAAAUGGGUGAAAAAUGCCCUGGAAGUGCAUGGGGUAGCUAUUUUGCAGAGCUACCUCUGCUAUAUUGUUGGUCUGAUUCCUCUUGCAGCUGUGCCUUCAAAUCUGACCCGUACACUGUUCAGGUGCUUGUUUUUAAUAGCAUUAGUCACCUUCUUUCACUGCUUUGCCAUUUUACCUGUGAUACUGACUUUCCUGCCACCAUCCAAGAAGAAGAGGAAAGACAAGAAGAAUCCUGAAAACCGUGAGGAAAUAGAAUGCGUUGAAAUGGUGGAUAUGGAUAGCACCCGAGUGGUUGACCAAAUUACAACAGUCUAA